UGGACUCUAAAACAUCAACAAAAAUCUUUAUGCUGUUACUGUUCACAGAUAACUGCUCGUUUUCUGUUCACCUCGGCGUUUCCCUGCGAAACAGAGAUGGAAAAUGUUCACCUAGCCGUAGAGGAGGAGGAUCUUUAUUCGGGCUACAACGACUAUAACCCCACAUUUGACUCCGAGGAAUUGGAGAACGAUGCGGGCUUCCAGCAGGCAGUUAGGACCAGUCAUGGAAGGAGACCUCCGAUGACUGCGAAGUUUCCAGGCACCGCCAUCGGAGGUCGACCUUUAGUUUCAUCUUUUGGUUCCCGAAUCCCCAUGGCUUCAUCAAUGGGCAGACCCAUGACUGGAGCUGUCCAGGAGGGUGCUGCCCGUCCGAUGACUGCUGUCAGAGCUGCAGGUUACUCAUCCUCACUGAUGCGCGGCUCAACCUUUGACCCCCUGGGACAGUCCAAGGGGCCUGCGCCUCCACUCGAAGCAAAGAAUGAAGACACGGCGGAAGAGAAGAUCAAGAUCCUGGAGAAGAAAGUGAACGACCUGAUAGAGGAGAGCUGCAUGGCACAGAGCAUAGGCGCCUUUCAGCUGGCUCUUGAAAAAGCCAAAGAGGCAGGGAGGAAAGAGCGAGCGCUGAUCAGACAGAGGGAAGCGUCCGGCAACACGGAGCACAUCAACUUAGACCUCACUUACUCUGUUUUGCUCAACCUUGCCAACCAGUAUGCGAACAAUGAAAUGUACCCGGAGGCUCUGAACAGCUACCACGUCAUUGUGAAAAACAAGAUGUUCACUAACGCAGGCCGCCUCAAAGUCAACAUGGCCAACAUCUACUUUGAACAGAAGAACUACCCUAAAGCGAUCAAAUUCUACCGCAUGGCGCUGGAUCAGAUAUCCAACACUCACAAGGAGCUGAGGAUCAAGAUCAUGCAGAAUAUCGGAGUGGUGUUUGUCCGCCUGGGCCAGUACUCGGACGCCAUAACGUCCUUCGAGCACAUCAUGACCGAGAGUCCCAACAUAAAGACCGGCUUCAACCUUAUCCUGUGCUACUACGCCGUUGGAGACAGAGAGAGGAUGAAGAAGGCCUUUCAGAAGCUCAUCUCCGUUCCACUGGGCAUCGAUGAUGAAGAUAAGUACAUCCCAGCCAGUGAUGACCCCAGUUCCAACAUGGUCAUUGAGGCCAUUAAAAACGACAAGCUUCACCAGAUGGAGAGGGAUCUGAAAGUCCUGGCUGAGAAGUACAUCAUGACUGCGGCCAAACUCAUUGCUCCGGCCAUUGAGACUUCCUUUGCUAGCGGCUUUGACUGGUGUGUUGACAUGGUGAAGUGCUCGCAGUAUGUCGAGCUAGCCAAUGAUCUGGAGAUCAACAAAGCCAUCACAUACCUCAGGCAGAAGGACUUCAAUCAGGCGGUGGAAACUCUGAAAACAUUCGAGAAGAAGGACAGCCGAGUGAAAAGCGCUGCAGCCACCAACCUUUCUUUCCUCUAUUUCCUGGAGAAGGACUAUGAUCAGGCUGACCGGUACGCUGACCUCGCUAUGAACGCCGAUCGCUACAACCCCGCCGCCCUUAUCAACAAGGGCAACACGGUGUUUGUCAAAAAGGACUACGAAAAGGCUGCUGAGUUCUACAAAGAGGCACUGAGGAAUGACUCCUCGUGCACCGAGGCCCUCUUUAACCUGGGUUUGUCCUAUGAGAGACUGAACAGAUUGGAGGAGGGCCUGGACUGCUUCCUGAAGCUUCAUUCAAUUCUGAGGAGCAGCGCUGAAGUCAUGUAUCAGCUGGCUCACCUCUACGAGCAGCUCGGAGACCCUCAGCAAGCGAUCGAGUGGCUGAUGCAGGUCAUCAGCGCCACUCCCACAGAUCCACAUGUACUGGCCAAACUGGGAAAGCUGCAUGACGACGAGGGGGACAAGUCCCAGGCUUUCCAGUACUACAGUGAGUCUUUCAGGUACUUUCCCUCCAACAUCGACGUGAUCGAGUGGCUCGGGGCUUACUACAUCGAGACCCAGUUCUGUGAGAAGGCCAUCCAGUACUUUGAACGAGCAACGCUCAUACAGCCACACUAUGUGAAGUGGCAGCUAAUAGUGGCGAGCUGUUACAGAAGAAGUGGAAACUACCAGAAAGCUCUGGAAACCUACAAAGAGAUCCAUCGAAGGUUUCCGGAAAACGUGGAGUGCCUGCGCUUCCUGGUGAGGCUGUCGACAGACAUGGGGCUGAAGGAAGUCCAGGAAUAUGCCACCAAGCUGAAGAAGGUGGAGAAGAUGAAGGAGCUCAGAGAGCAGAGAGUGAAAUCGGGCCGAGAGAACAGCGCCAGAGGUCGCAGGGAGGGCAGCACAGGGAGUGCUGAAAAUGCCAAAGCAGAGCCUCAACCUGAGCCUAAACAGUUCAGUCCACUGUUGGACUCAGACAGCGGCCGCAGCAGCAGCAGCAGCUCAAAGGGGGAGCGUCUGAGCGCCAAGAUGAGGUCACUUCCUGGGUCCAAUGAGCCCUAUGAAGCCAGCAGCCCAAAAGAGCUGGAUGCCUCGUACGUGGACCCGCUGGGGCCUCAGAUGGACAGACCAAAGACGGGCGCCAAGAAGCCGGCGGAUGACGACGACUUUGCAGACGAAGAUCUGGGAGACGAACUGCUACCGGAGUAGAUCCAUCGACUCGGAGAGCUUUACCUCUGCUGGUAAUGAGCGACUGGCCUCCUGAUCGGAGACGAGGAAGAAGAGGUUGAAAUGUUCUCCUGUGAAGGAUCAUAUUUAUAAAAAGCAAAAACAAACCUGAAUGAAUUUUUAAAAAAGCACAUGUUAGCCACACACAGUCAGUAUAUGUGUGAGUAAACCUCUUUAGAGAUGGAAAAUGUCUCAGCAAACCGGAUCUAAUCCAACUCUUGGCUCAAAUGAAUUCAUAUUUAUUUUUA